CGAAAAAUAAUUUAAUUGCUGUGUGCAAUUUUAAGCUAAAAGAACUUAAUUCAAAACUAGCGACAAUAAUCAUCCAAUGGCAGCCAAACCUCAACGCAAUACGGUGACCACACAAAUCCCCGAGCAGCCACCAACUCUACCCACCUCAUCAACGUCGGCAGCGCCGUCGGCAGAGGGCAGUUCGCUGUCGCUAGACACGCGCCUCUGUCAAAGCGUCAAGAGCGUGAUACCAAAGAAGCGCCAGGAGGCACUCAAGUGGUAUGGCUGGGGCUACAACGAUGCACAGUUCUAUGAGCAAAAUAGAACCAUCUGCUUUAAAGGUGACAAAUACCCUCUGGGCGGCUGUCAGCUGCCUUCGUUUACGAAGUGGGUGCAGCAAAAGUUCGAUGUGAGCUUGGAUGGCGACAAGUCAUAUCCGCAGAUGCCGCAGACGUUUCCGCAGCCAAAUCUGAAUGCUGAAUUCCUCAGCGAGCUGCGUGAGAACACCAAGGUGGAGAAUUCGCUGGAGGGCGUGGAUCGUUUGGUGCGUUGCCAUGGACAAACGCUCAGCGAUAUCUACAAUCUGUGGUACAACAAAUUCCAACGCAUACCCGAUCUGGUGGUGUGGCCCAGCUGCCACGAUGAGGUGGUGCAGCUGGUGCAGUUGGCCAACAAGCAUAAUGUGAUGCUGCUGCCAUUUGGUGGCGGCACUAGCGUCUCUGGUUCGAUGACAUGUCCGCAGCAGGAGCAGCGCAUGAUAUGCGUGGUGGAUACGUCGCAGAUGAAUCGACUGCUCUGGCUGAAUCGUGAGAAUCUAACGGUGUGCUUUGAGUCUGGCGUUGUGGGUCAGGAUCUGGAGCGUGUGCUGCGCGAGCAUGGACUAACGGUGGGUCACGAGCCGGACUCGUAUGAGUUCAGCACGCUGGGCGGUUGGGUGGCCACGCGCGCCUCCGGCAUGAAGAAGAAUGUGUAUGGAAAUAUUGAGGAUCUGGUGGUGCGAGUGCGCAUGGUGACCGCUAAUGGCACCUUGGAGCGCGAUUGCAGUGCGCCGCGUGUAAGUUGCGGUCCGGACUUUAAUCACAUUAUACUCGGCUCGGAGGGCACGCUGGGCAUUAUAACGGAGGUGGUGCUAAAGGUGCGUCCACUGCCGGCGGUGCAGCGCUAUGGUUCGCUGGUGUUUCCCGACUUUGAGCAGGGUGUGCUCUUUAUGCGCGAAGUGGCGCGUCGACGUUGUCAGCCCGCCUCGGUGCGGCUGAUGGACAAUGAACAGUUCAUAUUCGGGCAAUCGCUGAAGCCCGAGAAGAGCUGGCUGGCCAGCUGUCUGGACGUCAUUAAGCAGCGCUACGUGACCAGCUGGAAGGGCAUCGAUCUGGCGCACAUAUGCGCAGCGACGCUGCUGUUCGAGGGUGAGGAACAGGAGGUGGCACGUCAGCAGGCGCUGAUCAAUGAAAUUGCAGCACGCUACAAAGGAUUUCCGGCAGGUGGACAGAAUGGCGAGCGCGGCUACGUAUUUACCUUUGUUAUUGCUUACAUUAGGGACUUUGCACUUUAUCAGGGCAUUGUCGCCGAGUCCUUUGAGACCUCAGUGCCUUGGGAUCGCUGCAGUUUGCUCUGUCGCUGUGUCAAGCAGCGCGUUGUUACGGAAUGCCAGAGACAUCACAUAACCCACUUUACCAUCUCGUGUCGUGUCACCCAGACUUACGAUGCCGGCGCCUGCAUCUAUUUCUACUUUGGCUUUCGCUCGCUGGACAUGUCCAAUGCCGUGCAUGUGUUUGAGGCCAUUGAGCAUUGUGCUCGCGAUGAAAUCCUCGCCUGCGGUGGCUCCUUAUCGCAUCAUCAUGGCGUUGGCAAAAUUCGCAGCCAUUGGUAUCGCAAUGCGGUGACCGAAACGGGCGCCAAUCUCUACGCCGCCGCCAAGCAGCAUUUGGAUCCGCGCAAUAUUUUCGCAGCGGGCAAUUUAUUGCCGCCACCCCAGGAGCAGCAGCAGCAGCAGCUGGAGUCGCAAACCAAAGCCAAAUCCAAACUCUAGACACAUUCCCACAGACGCCACUUGCAGCACUUCAUACUAGUUCAAAUCUAUUGCUCCUACUACUGUUCUUCAGUUGCUAUUCAGUUCUUUUGUCGUCGGUCUCAAGUUUUGUAUAUGGGUUUUCGAUUUUUGAUAAAUAAAUGGAUUAUUUGUAAAUGCA